CCUGUGCGCCCGGAGCCGGCAUGGACCCUGAGCGCUGCGCGCCUUUCGCGGUGGGGCCGGCAGCGGGUCCCUACGCGGCCGCGGGGGACGAGCCUCCAGGCGCCCAGGGGACUCCCGACGCCGCGCCUCACCUGCACCCCGCGCCACCCCGCGGCCCGCGGCUAAGCCGCUUCCCGGCCUGCGGGCCCCUGGAACCGUACCUCCCAGAGCCCGCCAAGCCGCCCGCCAAGUACCUGCAGGACCUCGGGCCGGGCCCGGUGCUCAACGGCGGCCACUUCUACGAGGGCCCCGCGGAAGCUGAGGAGAAGGCCUCCAAAGCCGCCAGCUUCCCCCAGCUGCCAGUGGAUUGCCGAGGGGGUCCCAGAGACGGGCCCUCUAAUGUACAAGGUUCCCCAGGUCCCUGCCUGGCCAGCCUGCGUGUCGUCCCUCUUUCCCCGGGACUUCCUGACUCCAUGGAGUUGGCCAAGAGCAAGAGCAAGAAGCGCCGAAACCGCACGACCUUCAGCACGUUCCAGCUGGAAGAACUGGAGAAAGUCUUCCAGAAAACCCACUACCCUGAUGUGUAUGCCCGGGAGCAGCUGGCUUUACGCACGGACCUGACUGAGGCCCGGGUACAGGUCUGGUUCCAGAACCGCAGAGCCAAGUGGCGGAAGCGUGAGCGUUAUGGGAAGAUGCAGGAGGGGCGGAACCCUUUCACCACUGCCUAUGACAUCUCUGUGCUGCCCCGAACUGACAGCCAUCCUCAGCUGCAGAACUCCCUGUGGCCCAGUCCAGGGUCUGGGAGCCCAGGGGGGCCCUGCCUCAUGUCUCCAGAGGGCAUCCCUUCCCCGUGCAUGUCUCCAUACUCCCAUUCCCAUGGAAAUGUGGCUGGCUUCAUGGGAGUGCCGGCCUCCCCAGCAGCCCACCCUGGCAUCUAUUCCAUCCAUGGCUUUCCUCCUGCCCUGGGAGGGCACAGCUUUGAGCCUUCUCCGGAUGGUGACUACAAGUCUCCAAGCCUCGUCUCGCUCAGGGUGAAGCCCAAAGAGCCCCCCAGCCUGCUGAACUGGACCACGUGAUGGGUUACCUGGACACAGACUGAGCUGCCCGCUCCUCUUCCUGCUCUCGCCUGCUCCUCACCCAUCUCUACCUGGACACCAGACAGCAAACCCUUUUGCCUCCGUAUCCCGGGUGGUUCCAGAAGCUUGGGAGAGGAGCUGGGACCCUCAGCCUCCUUCAGGGAGCAGGCUAGAGGAUCUUAUCUCUUAAGAUAAGGUAGGGCUGCCUAGGAGAAAGAGACUUCAAAGCAGGCAGAACGACUCUUAGUUAUAAACUGGGUCCCCUCGUUCAAAUUGGGCUAGAGAAAAGGUGACAGACGAUGCCCUGUUUCCUCAAGACGGUUUCUAACUCCUGGGAGGAGGAUGCUAAUGGAACGGGGAGGGGCUCUCUGUGGCACUUAGGGCUGGCCUCGCUUCUGCCUUUCUAACACCAGGGGGCGUUCGCUCAGCGCCUGGAGCUGACAGUACCCAGAAGGCCAGGGUCAGCUUAAUAAAAGGUGGGGGUCUCCUCUGCUCCAAGCAUCCCUCACUCCUUUCUGCCCUGUGCCCAGUCUACCAAGAUACUGUGGAGUCAUUUUCUCCAAGUGGGGGAAGAAAUUUCACCAAACAUUAAAUUUCAUGGGAUCAGGGCCAGGGCUAUGCCAUAGAAACCAUAUUGGAUGUUGAUCAAAAUAAAACAGAUUUUUUUCCAAUCUCUGAGCCCCUGAGACCCGGAUCCCUAUUUUUGUAAAGAU